UUUCGCGACCAGUCGCCAAGUAUUCUUACCACGAAGAGGCCACACCAACACGUUAGAGUCUGUGUUGUCAACGUAAAGUGCUGUCAUCAUGGGCAUUUUGGAAAAAAUCACGGAGAUUGAGAGAGAAAUAGCCAGAACUCAGAAGAACAAAGCUACAGAAUAUCACUUGGGAUUGCUUAAAGCCAAGCUAGCAAAGUAUCGGCAGCAGCUAUUAGAGCCGCAAGGGAAAUCAUCAGCCAAGGGAGAGGGUUUUGAUGUGAUGAAAUCAGGUGAUGCCAGAGUAGCUUUAAUUGGCUUUCCAUCUGUAGGAAAAUCUACAUUGUUAAACACGUUGACAAGUACACACAGUGAAUCUGCAUCUUAUGAGUUUACAACCUUGACCUGUAUCCCAGGUGUGAUUGAGUACAAUAGUGCCAACAUUCAGCUGCUUGACCUUCCAGGAAUCAUUGAAGGAGCCUCUCAAGGAAAGGGCCGUGGUCGCCAGGUCAUUGCUGUUGCACGGACGGCAGAUCUUGUUAUCAUCAUGCUAGAUGCAACAAAAAAAGACAUUCAAAGAGAAUUGUUGGAGAAAGAGUUAGAAGCUGUGGGCAUCAGAUUGAACAAGGAAAAACCAAAUAUUUAUUUCAAGCCCAAAAAGGGUGGUGGUAUUUCAUUCAAUGCUACACUCCCCUUGACUAAGUGUAAUGAAAAGAUGGUACAAAUGAUUCUCCAUGAAUACAAAAUAUUCAACUGUGAAGUAUUAUUUCGUGAUGACUGUGACUCGGAUGAAUUUGUGGAUGUCAUCCUUGGAAAUCGUGUCUACAUGCCGUGUUUAUAUGUGUAUAAUAAGAUUGACCAGAUCUCCAUAGAAGAAGUGGACCGACUUGCAAGACAACCUCAUUCUGUUGUUGUCAGCUGUAACAUGAAGCUGAAUCUGGAUUAUCUGCUAGAAAUGAUCUGGGAGCACCUUGCAUUGCUCAGGAUCUAUACAAAGAAAAGAGGAGAACGUCCUGACUUUGAAGGAGGGCUAAUCUUGAGAAAAGGUGCCACUGCUGAACAUGUGUGUCAUGUGAUUCAUCGAACAAUUGCCCAAAGCUUCAAGUAUGGACUCGUCUGGGGACGCAGUGCCAAAUACAGUCCACAAAGAGUUGGUCUGCAUCAUGCAAUGUGUGAUGAGGAUGUCAUUCAGAUUGUAAAGAAAUAAUUUGUUGAUUAGUGCAUACACUGUCUGCUUUAAUGACAUCUACUAUUUUGUGUCUCAAACAAAAACAUACUGUCAGUGCUGGUUGGGGGUAAAAACCAUGAUCGUGGUAAUUUGUGGCUGGGUUCAAUUGAUAGAACAUCUAUUUGCAACCAUACCCAGAUACCAUCUGUUGUUUGGAACUUAAAAAAUGAAUUGUAAUAUGGUGCAAGAAUUAUUCUAUGCAGAGUGUAACGUUGUCUGCCUGCCAAUUGGGGCCAAUUAGAAACUUCAAGCUGGAAUUCUAUGAAAGAUGUGAAUUGUUUGAAACUGAGAAAUGCCAAAAAAUUUUUAAAUGAUAGGUCUUGAGAGAAAAAGUGACCAGAGUGUUGUGCAUUAACUAAAAAAAGGUGUUCUGUACGAGCACGGGAAUAAGAAAGGAUAUUUUAAAAAUCAUAAGAUUUUUUGCUGCAGGAAAAUACAGCAUCUCUCUUGCCUUUCAAAGGUACUCAUGUGAUUUUCAGAUCUUUGUAUCAUUUUGGAAUUGAUUCUGGUUGGUGCUUCAAAUCUUGUGACAUAAAUAUCUGAAUAAAAUAACAAAUAUAAACCUU